CUUGGUGGAGCAAAUAAGCAACCUUAACCCCGAGGACAGUCGGUGUAAACGCACUUCUCAACUUUCAGUUAUCUGUUGAUCAAAAAGGGUUAAAACUACACCCAGUCUCUCCUACUUCCAGAGAAGUACAGAAAGGUGUUCACCACUCCUCCACUCUGUUGUGACAGCUGGCUUUUUGGAUCUCUACUCCAACUUCUACCCUUCUCAACAUUUUCCAAAGGCAAUACAGACACUGAGGAUGGCGGUAAAUUGGCCAGGACUGCUGUCCAUGGGAGUGUUUUACAUGAUCGUACUGGGUACAGGUAUCUGGGCAUCCAGGAAGUCCAAACGUGAAGAGAAGAAGUGCACUGGGAACCGCAGUGAAGUUACAAUGGUUGGAGGGCGGAACCUAAACAUCUGGGUCAGCAUCUUCACUAUGACAGCCACUUGGGUGGGAGGAGGCUAUAUUUUGGGUAUUGCUGAAGUGGUCUAUGAUCCAACAAAGGGGAUGGUGUGGGCCACUGGAAUCAUUGCCUUUGCCAUAAGCAUGAUUAUAGGUGCACUCUUCUUUGUCACACCUAUUCGGGCGAAGAAAUAUGUCACCCUCAUGGACCCAUUUCAGGAGAAAUAUGGCAACGCUGUAGCUGCUGUUCUUUUCAUUCCCGCUCUCAUAGCCGAUAUCUUGUGGAUAGCAAGUAUUCUCGGUGCACUGGGAGGGACGAUAAGCGUGGUCAUGGACAUCUCCUCCUCGCUGGCUGUGGUCAUCUCUGCUUCUGUGGCAGUCCUUUACACGUUGAUGGGAGGACUGUACUCUGUGGCCUACACUGAUGUCAUCCAGCUUAGCUUCAUGCUCAUUGGCUUGUGGCUAUGUGUGCCUUUUAUACUGGCAAGCCCCUCUUCUGCCAACAUCACUGUUGCUGCAGUAACCAAGCUGCAUCAGGGGCCAUGGAUCGGCAAGCUGGAGCUGGAAGAUGCAGGUCGCUGGGUAGAUGGCCUAUUGCUAAUGGCCAUUGGAGGGCUCUGUUACCAGGCUUUCUACCAGAGAGUCCUGUCCGCAGCCACUGAUACCCAAGCUAAGAUCACCUGCUAUGUUGGGGCAAUAUUAUGCCCAAUCCUUGGCAUCCCGUCACUCAUCAUUGGGGCAGCGGCUGCAUCUACCGAUUGGAACCAGACCACCUACGGUUCUCCCAGCCCGUAUGAACAGGGAAAUUCCGGUGUGAUCUUGCCAAUUGCCCUUCAGCAUCUUUGCCCUUUUUAUGUCUCACUGAUUGGUAUGGGAGCACUUGCUGCUUCUGUGAUGUCAUCAGUUGACUCUGCACUUCUGUCUGCCGCCUCCCUACUGGGCCGAAAUAUCUUCAAGAACGUCUUCUACAAAAGGGCAUCAGAAAAAAUGAUUCUUGCAGUGGUUAAAGUGUCAGUCCUCCUGUGUGGAAUAAUAGGAGCAGCUCUGGCCAUGACAAAGACGUCCAUUUACUUCUUUUGGAUCAUCACUAACGAUGUCAUGUAUUCAAUGAUGACUCCCCAGGUGAUAUGCACCUUCUACUUGUCUCGGUGGGUGAACCACUACGGAGCCUGCUCUGGCUUUGUGUUGGCACUAAUGCUAAGAACUCUGGUUGGAGAACCCAUGAUAGGCCUUCCUGACAUCCUGCCCCUGCCGUGGGACAAGAUACAGGAGGACGGUCACCGACAACGCUUGUUCCCUUUUUGCACUGCAAUCAUGCUCAUCACCAUCGGGACUAUUCUACUAGUGUCACGCCUUGCUGUGUGGCUGUCUGAGAAGGGGCUGCUGAAAAGAAUAAGUGACGCUGGAACGGACAAAAACAUACGUUACAUGGCACCAGGCCGAACAGAUGUGGAGGAAAAGGAGACUGAAUAAAGAACAGUCUCACUUAUCUAUCUAUCGAUUCAGCAUUGCAUUUUAAUUAACUUGGGGGACUCGCAAGAGACAUUAAAGAAGAUUAGUCAAAAUCUGUUUUGCAGAGGUCAAGAUAUCCUGACUUUCAGCUCAGAGUUUGGCUAAAACACCAAAAAUACUGGAUCCUACAAUUCCCAUGAUACAACUGGAUAACAACAACUUCUCAGAUUGUCUGUGCACUAAAUUGCCAUGUUUUUGGAAUUGUAGCUUUGCAUAGUUUUCAGAAAAUAAUUACUGAGUUAUCCCUUUAUGCAUUAAUGGAGUUACUGUAUUUUUAUGCAAUAACUGUAUUUUCUAUUAAGUAGGUAAAAAAAAAAAAAACGUGCAAAAUGGAU